AUGUCCAAGCUACUCACUCCGUCUCGCACUGUUGGUUCCUUUUGGGGUUCUAAUUUGGAAGGGGACAAGGUACGAAUGUUUUUGAAGAAUGGUACAUACUGUAUAUUUUUGGAGAAUGAUACACAUAUUUUUGGAAUCUGUUAUGGAGGGUCACAUUUUUCAAGGAUUCGGCGGGAAAAAGAGAAAAAAGAAACUACAGAGAAUGGUUUCCCAACUAUGACUACUUUGGAAAAGAUGAUCAUAAUACCUGUUGAUGCUCUUCUUGGAUUUAAGUCAUGUGGCCAGUCAGUGUCCUCUGUCAAGGGAUGUGGCAAACGUAGCCUUCCCGGAGUUGGUGAUGGUCCAAAGGAUAAGAGACAAAAAAUGGACAAGGGGCAUAUUUCAAGUCAAAGUGCGAAACAUGCAUGUAAUGUGGGGGGAAAUGACCAUAAAACAUCUCCCUUGGAGCUUACUUUGUUGCACAAAAGUUCAAUGUCAGCCGAUGAAAAACAGAAGUUGAGAGAACAACUUUUGGAAGUAUCAAGAGGAAAUGUGCCACCAUGCUUGCGAGGUUUCCUCAAAGAAAUCGGUGUCAACUGCCGGAAUGAAGAAGGAAGGAUUGAGUUGAAUAUGGACGCCUUUGCUGAAGAGAUUUUGUUGAAGUUCAAAAGAAUUGUACGAUUCUUGGGUGCAAGAGCUGCAAAAGGUGAUAAAGAGGAUUGUGUGGAAUUGCAACAAGAAAAGGAUAGAUUAGAAAAGCAACAACGUGAGAAGGCUAGAAAAGAUGACCAAAUCAGAGUUGCUACGGUAACCUCACGUAAGAGCGCAGAAGCUGAACUAAAAAAGCAGCACGAGCAAGAAAGAAAAGCUGCCCGACUUGCGUUGCAACAGAUUGAGAAGACGGUCGAGUUUGAUGAAAAUUUUGAUCAGGUCUUGAAAGAUUUUCAAACGCUAAGCCAGUGUCCAUUGACCGAACAAUACCGCGGCUUUGAAGGGGGGCCUGAAACAAUAUUGGAGCUGAUUGAGUGCGGUCGUUGUGGUAACCCCUGGGAUGAUUCUGUAGAAGAUGAAGAAAACAAGAAGCGGGAGCAAGAAAAAGCUGAACUGAAAAAGCAGCAGGAGCGAGAACGAAAAGCUGCCCGACUUGCAUUGGAGCAGAUUGAGAAGACGGUGGAAUUUGAAGAUAAUUUUCAGGUCAUGAAAGAUUUUUAUGCGCUAAUUCAGUGUUAUCCGAACAAUACCACGGCUGAAGUCGAGGAAGGGGAGAUAUUGACUGAAGAUUGAGUAAGAGAAGCAGGGGAGAUGUUGCCAU